ACCAUGUUAUUAGCCGAUAAAGUCGUUAUCGAGAGAUAGUACAUAAUGUGUAUAUUAUAAAAGUUUUUCUUCUGCAAGCACCAAGUACACAUAUCGAUUAAACGCCAAAUUAUGUACUCGGUGGCGAUCAGUUAGUUAUUAAUUUGACUCGUUACGUCGCGGUCUUUAUUUUGAUUUUUUCUAUUUGCACGUUUUAAAUUCGCAAUUCCUAUGUGUAACGUUUUCUCUUGUCCCAUCUUCAAGACCAGGGUAUCCGAUUUUACGACUGUAUUUUUACUACAUUACUCUGUAAUCGUUACAAUACUAUCGUUGAUUUGUAAAAAUUUGGAUCCUCAAUAUCUGGCCAAAAAUUAAUCCUGACAUACGAUUAUCCGAUACCUAAUACCUAAACCAACACCUACCUAUUUCUCCGUAGGGAGAAACUCCUACAUUAAUGGGCUGAAAAAAAUCGUGAAUGAAAGUUUCAGUUAACUGGCAUUUUAUCCUGUACAUUUUCUAUGUAAAUUCGAUGAAUAGAGAAAUUCGUCAACAAAAUGUUAAAAGUAGUUGGUGCAUCGUGGUUUCAGACGGUAAUAAGUUUCUUAAUCGUUGUCGGAAUUUUGUUAUUCGGAAUAUUGAUUAAUAUUAUAUGCAGAACCCAAAACCACGAAGAUGACGGAAAAUAUUCAGCUACAGUUUUUUGGAAUCCAGAAACGGAACAAUUUGAUAUCGAAUUAUUGGGACAAAAUCAUGAUCCGAAGAGUAUCAGUCGUGGAAUUGCCAGAGCGUAUUACCAGCCUGAUAUGAAAGAAAAUGGAUGGGCAAUUUUGGAAAUAGAUACAAACAGUGCAUACUCAGACGCAGAUCAAGCUUUUGCAGCUGGUAUAUUAGAAGGUAGCUUAUCCUGGCAACACAUUUAUUUGCAAUGGAAAAAUACCAUAAAGCAUUUAUGCGCUGAUAAAAAUGAUUUUUGUAACGAAAUGAGAUCGUUUUUAGAACAAAAUACUGCAACAAUUAGGAAAAAAGCUAGAGCCAACGAUAAAUAUGAUCCGUUUUGGCACCAGGUGAACCUUUUUUACAUGCAAUUGGACGGAAUGGAAUUUGGAUGGAGAUACGAAGUUCGUCGAAACAAACAAUCUUAUGAAAUCCCUUUUCUAGAUUUCUUAUGGUUGAAUAUUGCAUCUGAUUUGAAAGACUUUCAAAAAAUAGCCUUUCCUUCAAAUAAUUCGUAUAACCAUUCACCGGCAGCGAUGACUUUGUUAAAAUUACUUCUCGGCAAUGAUACAAAAUUUCUACUCGCUCAUGCUUCUUCAGGAUUCUACAGUUCCAUGCUAAGAGUACAGAAAAAAUACAACUUCAACUAUCAUUUGACAGGUAGAUCAAAUGCUGAACUGGUACCUGGAAGAACGAUUUCAUUCACUUCUUAUCCUGGAGCAAUCCAUUCCCAAGAUGACUUUUACCAAAUACUAGUAAAUGACGGCUCAACGGUUACUGUGACUGGCACUGCAUUAUUAACACUCAAUUGGAAAGACGAAGGAAAGAAAACUGAUUAUCAAGUUUUAUUAGGACCACGUAUCAUGGCUGGAAAUCGAUUGUCAAGAAAUGGAAAGACUUGGGCCUAUAACGUAGGCAGGCACCAGAGUGGAACCGGAAACAAACAGUGGUUACAUAUUCAUACAAAAAAUGAUCGAAUUAUUUUAUGGGUGCUAGAGCAAACUCCGCAGAGAAUUAUCAAUAAAAAUGAAACCGAAUUAUUGUAUAAUCAAGGCUACUGGAUAAGUUGUGGCAUUCCUUAUUACAAGCGUAGUACUGAUAUUAAAAUCGACAGCGGUGAAAUUAGUCAGCAUAAUGCCGGUAACGUUCCUUUAAAAAAUAUUUUAGAAGUUCUGCGUCAAGGGCAGCAAAAUGUUACUGAUAUAGAUUCAUUAAUUAAUUUGAUGAGGGGACCAGAAUUAGUCUUAGCUGGAAGAACCGACUUGCAUGAUUCGAUCAUUUCGUACUCUCCAACAGAUUCCACCUCAUCCAAUGGCAAACCGAAUGAAUCAUCAACGAAAAAUUCAUCUCAAGCGAACAAAUCGUCGGCGCUUCCACUUCGAAUUCAAAAUUCUAUGAAACUUUCAAAUGCUGAUGUAAAUGUAAAACGCAAUUUUAACGUAAUUUAUAAUUCAUCCUGGUUAAAUUUAUUCACUUUAAAAAAUGACAUUUUGUUGACUUCUCCGCCGGAAGAAAAACGCAGUCUAGAAAAUGUCCAACCUAACGUGCGUCACGAUAAAAUUGUAGGCUCACAACGUGUCGAGAAUGAACCUAAAAUUAAUACAGUUCAUAGAACUAAACGAAUCACUGAUGAGACCAACUCUAAUAAUAAUCCUUCUGGUAGUAAGCUUCCUCUGAUAACUAUAGAUGGAGUGAUCGAUUUGAAAUUAACUGACACGAACGACAAGUUUUUAGCAGUGGCUGGUCCUCCUUUUAAUUUACAAAAUAAGUUACGAACUAUUGAGCCAUUCCAAUGGUCUAAGAGUCCUAUCAAUUAUUUACCUCACGAUGGCCAAGCUGAUAUAUGGAAGUAUGAACCAGUCGAAGCGAACUUUGUAUGGGAUUAAUAAGUAUUGAUACCGUAGUUUGUAGAUAGACACCUUCAGCUGUAUGUAUAAUACAGAGAGUGAACUUUGAUGUAAAAUUGUUUCUGUAAUAAAUGUUUUCAUCAUUUCUGAA